AUGUCGGAUCCAUUGAGAUCUUCAUCUGUUCCUUCUCUUUCUACUCGUUCUGCAUUCUCUAGACGUCGAUUUGUUACUCUUCAAUUGACUGAUGUUCCAUCACCCGGUUUUUCAUCAAUACCACCUCUAUCAACUGGAGCUUCGACAGUUACUUCUUUAUCGGUUGGACCUUUAUCCGUUGGAUCAUUACCAGUUGAACUUCCACUUCCAUCAAUCGAACUACCAUCAGCUGAACUUCCAUCAAUUGAAUUUCCAUCAAUUGAGCCUUCACCAGCCGAACCUUCAUCAAAAAUAUCGUCAUCAGGUAGAUUUCCAUUCCCUGAAUCUUCAUUAGCUACAUCCACAUCACUCGAACCUCGAUUACUUGAACCUCGAUUAUUUGGAACCCGGUUAAAUGGUGCUCCCAUAGCUGGUCCUGAUUACCAAGUAUCAAAUGGAUCAAACCCUGAAGUAUAUCACAUUGAUGUCAAAACAUUCCCAACUACUUCUCCACGUAUUGUCUUUAAUUUGCCAGCUCUCGGAUACGAUGCUUCCGAUAUAAUUGCUGUCAUUGGAAAAGUGCGGGGCUUGGGCGACUUUGAUAGUGAUGCUUGCCACCGCUGUGCUAAAACUUGGGAGAUGUGCACAACACCAUCUACCCUCAAGAUUUUUUCUGAAGGCACGGAAGGUGUCUUGGGUACCCAUGUUACUUUAAUUUUGAAAUCGAAAGAACCUACUGGUCUUUGUGCAGUCAUUGGACGAACUCAAGAUUUUCUUCUAGGAGAGUUAGGUACAUCGGAUCAUGCUCUCAUUGUGAGUUCGUAUGUUUCGACUAUGAUAAAUAGACUAAGUGAUUUCACUGGGUGUUUAGAGGGUUUGGAAAAUGACGUACAAUGUAAUAUGGUGUUUAUAAAGUGUCCUCGGGGUUGCAAUUCGGAAGAAUCUAAAAGAUCUCGUUAUGCCUGUGCUUUCGGAGUGUGUCAUGGUCUGUUUGAGCUUCCAUUUCAUGGACUCGAAGGAGAUCUUCCCAAAAUAAGGGCAGAGAUUAAUAUGGGAUUCUGGAGAACCUGGAGCGAAAGAGCUUAUUGUGUUUCUUCUAUCGAGAGGGAAGACUGUGGCUUACUAAUGGUAGCUACAAAUAACGGGACAAAUGGUAAUCUCAAAGCAAUAUCUGCAGUUAUGACUCAUCCAAUUGAUGUGAAUCCAAUUCAAGAAGCUUUGAAAAAGAUUAAAGACGAUGGAGGAAAUUUGAUACAAGUUUUCGCAACGGUCAACCCAAACAAAAGGGGGGCCGGUGGCGUUCAUUUUUCCAAUCAACAAAUCAACUCUGCUUUUCAUGCCAUGAAUAACGAUCCUAACAUGUCAGGAGAUCAGCACGUUAGAGCAGCUGUAGGAGGUCAACUUGCAGCAUUGUGUGUAAAUACGAAUAUUUACGUGUCUGGUGGCGGAGAUGGACAAGGACCAUGGGGAGGUGGAAAUUUAUGCUUCAUAUACAAGGUUGAUCCACCGAUUAAUGAGAUACCGGAAGCUUGGAUGAAUCUAGACAUCGAAUUUGACCUGGAUGAAGCCGAGAUGAAUGCUUUGACUGUACCUGAAGUCAAUAGUGAGCAGAAUACUAUGGCUAUACCUGGAGUCAAUGAUGAGCAGAAUACUAUGGCCAUUCCUCAGGUCAAUAGUGAGCUGAAUAAUACGGCUGCUUCUGAAGUCGAUAUUGGACUAAAUACUAUGGCUAUCCCUCAAGUCUAUAGUGAGCCGAAUACUACACCUGAACCCGAAGUCAAUGAUGGUUCAAAUAUCACGACUAUAUCUGAAGUCAGUAGUGAGCCAAAACGAAAGAGGCCUCGAUUGGAAUAA